AUGAGCUCGCAGAGCAAGAAGAAGUUCUGGAGCGCUUCAGCGUGGAAAACGCGUCUGAAGCGUGAGAACAGCUCCGAGUCUGGAACGACCGGCCCCGCUGACUUUCGCUCUGCCCACUCCUCCUUCGCCACCAACCAGACAGACACGACGGAGGUCCUACCGGAGGAGCAGGCCGAGGUCCUCACUCGGUACUCGUCUUCUGUCUACUCAAAAGAUGAGGACGUGUGUUCCGUGGUCCUGCCGCCCUCCGAUGACAAGAAAGAGGACCUGGAUGAGUACUAUCUCAUCGCGCCGAACCACCGCCACUCUCGUCCGUACGCAGUGAGCAGUGGUGAGUGGGUAUUGGUGCCUUCCGACUCCUCCCUGAGUUCGGUCGGGAGGGUUCUGUCGCUGGACGACCUGAACGAGGUGCAGCUGGCGUAUUCAUUCGAGGGAGUAGUCAAGGUGUUCGUCAAGGUCUAUGCGAUGGCCAAAGUCACGCAUGGUAUCUUCCUCAACUUUGGUGCCGAGCUUGAUGACACUGAGACGGGCUUGUUGUACUGGAUCAAGCGUGCGGAGGCAGAGGUCCGUACUGGUGACCUUGCUGUUCUGAUCCAGAUUGUGGAAAACCUCUUUUAUGCGCUUUACUCACGAGUGAUCAUCGAGAUGGCCGGCAUCGAGCUCUGUGCUCUCUUCAAAGUCGAAUUGCAGCCUCCUGCUGGCUCUCGAAAAAUUCGCCUUCCCGACCCGGAUCACAUGUACCGAAUUUUUCUCGCCUGCAAGGACAACCUCGACAAUCACAAUGUGUGCGAGAUGCUCCAGGAAGCCAUCGUCCACAGGUGGCAGGAAAUCUUUCUUCGCCGUCUUGCAAAGACGGAGAUUGAAAAUGGGCUCAACCCCGACGACUUGCCAGGCUACCGUCAGUUCGCUAGGAAUGUUCUCUCUGAUCCAUACUCCGCAUACGUUGCCAAAUGGUGCUAUCUUGUCCCAUUCUUCCCGUCCAUUUCCAAGAAGAUUCUGAUUGGCAUGUCCGAGAAAUGGUUCACCGUCCUACCGAAGGCCGCACUUCCUGACGACGUCCCCUCUUCCCAAUUGCCUUUCAUUGACCUCAAGAGGUGCGAUCCCAAGCAAUGGGCGAAAGAAUUAAUUCAAGACUAUCGAAUGGCAAGUUUGGGCAAACUGGAAGGCAGGUCGAUUGGAGACGAGCGUCGGGACGAUCCCAAGAUUCGACUUCUGAACCUGGCCAAGUGCCGCAAGUGUAUCUGUGCAUCGACCUGUCUGUGUGCUAGGGAGUGCACCCAUUACGUGGAGAGUCCCUGCCCAUGUUCUGAAAGAUACGUCCGCCUCAUGGCGGCCCGUCUUAGCAAAAGCCCCGGCCGGUUUGAUUUUUCGACUCGUGCAAACACGGCUGCUCGUGCGUGUUGGGAAGGUCUUGCGAGGCUUCUGCGGGACGUUUCGGAUGAGGAGAUCCUCCUCGAGUGGAGUGAGGCCUUUGCGGUAUUUGAGUUGGAGAUUCAGAAGGAGCGCUGGGGUGGGCAGGCUUGA